UUCCUGUCGGCCGGCACUGUCAACAUCCAAAAUGAGGAGGGGGAGAAAAGUAAAGAAUCGUCACCGUCACCGUCGCCGUACACCUGCGGACAGAGGAACGGCCAACAACAACAACGCGCCAAACAGCAGAAGAAAAGCAAAAAUCGAAAACGAAAAGGAAAAGCAGAAAAAGUUUGACACAAUUUCAACCUGUUGCUCCGUCAAUCCACCAAGCAUGCCAUGCGAACGCACGCGACGACGCCCGAACAGGAUCGCCCGGAGCUUUCGCGCGUCGGCGAAAAAGACUAUGGCUUCGGAGCUUUUUCCCGACCGUAACUUGAGAGAGCAGAGAGAAAUCUGCGCGAGAGACUUUCGCGCUUCGUUGCGUGCUUCUUCAACGAGCGCGCGCGCGGUUCGUCGCUUGCCCAAGUCACUCUGCGAAGAAAUUGCGCGCGACGUCUUGUUCGGCGAAGAAAGUAGGAAUUUCUCCACGCGGGUCUUCGCGCGCUCUCUUCGGCUCUUCUUCGGCCUAGUGCUAGUGGCCGUUCGCAGCGGAGGUCCGUUUUGUGUUCCCGUUGGGUCUUGCCAACCAACAGUUCAGCAGUGUCCGCGGUACGAGCAAGACGUGUCGUUUCUUCGGAGCAAGAAACUUCCAACCGAGCAAAGCAAGGUUUUUCGCGAGACUUCGUGGUCAUCGCGAGGCUUCCGAGGAAGAGAAAGCAGCCGCAGCAGGUCCGCUAGGCGCGCAGUAACGGACUUUACCGACCCUUCCCUUCCCCCUCUCUCUGCCACCCCGCUUAAGGUGGUACCUCCAGCGAGGAUUCCAGCGUGACGGUCCAAACCGGAUAUACACUGGGAAAGGGCAGCACCGAGUGAGAGUGACGCUGGCCAAUUUGUGUGGAUUAUAGCGCUAAGGUGAAGUGGAAAGUGCAAGCAACUCGUUUCUGCCUUAACAAAUUUUGAAGGAAUUUCAAAAGUGUGCGAAUCCUUGGUGAAACAAAAAUUCAGUAACAAAAAAAACAAGUGAAAACAUUUUCUUUCUCGAAAUUAGAAAGAAAAUGAAAAUUUCGUAAAACACAAAAACAAGUGAAGAAAAAUGUGAAACUGUGUGACAUAAAAAAAAGAAUAAGUGAAAAAGAAGCCUGAAGAAACAGGUGUGUGCAAAUUUGAACAAGUGCACCCGCACAGGUGACACGGAUCCCGGAAACCUUUCGCAAAGCAAGGGGAGUGACAAGUGAGCGAGGGAAGUUACGUACUUUGUUCGGUGGAUUGGAAUAACACUGUUGUUGAUAGCUGAUAGUUGAAGAGUGUGGAACUCGAAGCAGGAGGAACACAACGGUGGAGAUGACACGUCGUAAGCACAUCUACCAGCUGCUGCUGGUGGUACUGGCGGUGGUGACGAACGCGCAGGAUGAUGCGGUGGAAGAACAACCCACGGCAUCCCCACAGGUAGCGCCCGCCGGUGGUGGAGGUUGCAAAUUUCCGGGCGCCCCAGCCCACAGCACGGUCCAGUUCACGGACGAAUCCCUGCCAAACGGCGCCGUCGCGUCCUACUCGUGCGAGCGGGGCUUCGAGCUGCUCGGACCAGCCCGCCGGGUCUGCGACAACGGCCAGUGGAUCCCCGAGGGGAUUCCCUUCUGCGUGCUGAACGUGGCCGCCGGGAAGGCCCCGAUGCAGAUCUCGACCGACGCGGCCGGCAUCCCCCAGAAGGCCAUCGACGGGUCGACGUCGGCCUUCUUUUCGCCCGAGACGUGCUCCCUCACGAAGCCGGAACGGGUUCCGUGGUGGUACGUGAACCUGCUCGAGCCGUACAUGGUGCAGCUGGUGCGGCUGGACUUUGGCAAGUCGUGCUGCGGCAACGGAAAACCCGCGACGAUCGUGGUCCGCGUCGGCAACAACCGACCCGACCUGGGAACCAACCCGAUCUGUAACCGCUUCACCGGAACCCUGGAGGAAGGACAGCCCCUGUUCCUGCCGUGCAACCCGCCGAUGCCGGGAGCGUUCGUGUCGGUCCACCUGGAAACCAGCGCGCCCAGCCAGCUGUCAAUUUGCGAAGCGUUCGUCUACACCGACCAGGCUCUGCCAAUCGAGCGUUGUCCAGCCUUCCGGGACAUGCCCCCAGGUGCUUCCGCCUCCUACAACGGAAAGUGCUACAUCUUCUACAGCCGCCAGCCGGCGACGCUUCGCGAUGCGUUAGCGUUCUGUCGUUCGCGCGGAGGAACCCUGAUCAACGAGAGCAAUCCGGCGCUGCAGGGCUUCAUCAGCUGGGAGCUGUGGCGUCGCCAUCGCAGCGACACCUCGUCGCAGUACUGGAUGGGAGCGGUGCGCGACACCCAGGACCGUAACACGUGGAAGUGGAUCGGAGGUGACGAGGUGGCGGUGUCGUUCUGGAACCUGCCCGGAGGAGACGAGGACUGCGCCCGGUACGACGGCUCGAAGGGAUGGCUGUGGAGCGACACCAACUGCAACACGCAGCUCAACUUUAUCUGCCAGCAUCAACCAAAGGCCUGCGGCCGUCCGGAACAACCGCCCAACUCGACGAUGGUGGCGCCCAAGGGCUUCGACGUCGGUGCCGUCGUGGAGUACAACUGUGACGAGGGACAUCUGCUGGUGGGACCACCGCAGCGAACCUGCCUGGAGACCGGCUUCUACAACGAGUUUCCACCCGUUUGUAAAUACAUCGAGUGUGGACUGCCGGCUUCGAUCCCGAAUGGAUUCUACGACCUGGUGAACGGCUCGGUGGGUUACCUGAGCUCGGUGCACUACAAGUGUGCCGAGGGUUACGAAAUGGUUGGUCGAGCUCUGCUGACGUGCGAUAUUGACGAACGGUGGAACGGACCUCCACCGCGGUGCGAGCUGAUCGAGUGUGAACCACUGCCGACGCUGUUCCCGAACGGAGCGAUCGUGGCCCAGAAUGGAACCGUUUUCGGAGCGAAGGCCGAAGUGGUGUGCAAUGCUGGGUUCAUUCCGGACGGUUCCGAGACGGAGAAUUUCUGUACCGCUACUGGACAGUGGAGCAAUGAGCUGGCGAAAUGUGUUGAAGACCCGGCCGCAAGGGUUCCGUCUACGACGACGGCUGCUCCCACGACUAGACCAUCGUCGAUCGUGAUCGUAUCAACGACUCCGGUACCUGCUACGCAGUACACCCAGAAGCGUCCGCAAUCGCGACGACCUCCGACCCGACCACAGACUACCCGCUUAACGACCAGCAGUUCGACGACUCAGUCUCCGCUUUUCAGCAUCGAGAUCGACGACGGUAACGACAGCGACGGCCUCGACGGGUUCUACAUCGGUACUAACGAGGAUUACUCUCUCCCACCUCUAGAAGUACGACCCGGGUUGGUACGAGAGGAUGUACCUCCUCCGCCGAGGAAACCGUACCGUCCGGGACAGAACACGAUCGCAAAGAUCCCGUCCGUCCAGCAAGUGCCCCCGAACCGGGUGAAGCCACCGGCGUACUACGAACCACCAACUCAAACUACCACUACCACUAGCACAACCACAACCACCACUACACAAACACCACCACAGACACGACCAACCACGACAAGCACACGGAAAACGACGACCUCGCGCUCCCCGCAGGACAUCAUCCUGUCGCAGCACCCCCAGGACAACGAAAUCGCCGGCUCGGUCAACAUCCGGCAGGACCAGUCACCAAAGGUGAACGUACCGUUUGCCGUCGACAACUCGGACAGCGAUGGAACCAACGGCGGCGGCAUCUACGGAGGCAUCGGAGGCAACUCCAACCUUGGCUCCGGUUCCGGCGAACGGAAGGAAUCCAAGAACGCCCGCCUCAACCUCGGAGCCAUCGUAGCGCUCGGAGCGUUCGGUGGUUUCGUGUUCCUAGCCGCGGUCAUUACCACUAUUGUGAUUGUAGUGCGAAGAAACCGCACCGCGAACCAGCACUACCGGCACCGGGCCUCUCCGGACUGCAACACGGUCGCGUCCUUCUCGAGCUCCAGCUCGGAGUCGCGGAACGGGCUCAACCGGUACUACCGGCAGGCGUGGGAAAAUCUGCACGAGUCCGCCUCGAAGGGGCACAACAACAACAGUGGCCACAGCAGCGGGCACAGUGCCGCCGCCCUGAAGCGCAAGGAAACGAUGGACGCACCGCCGCCGAGCCGGUCGCGCUCGCGGGAAAACCUCGGCGGUAGCCGGUCGCGCGAUCUGGACAGAUUUUUUAUCGACAGAUCCCGGGAGAACUUGGCAGCGAACCGGGGCAGCCGGGACUACCCGCGGGACAGCAUGGCCGUGCGGGACGGUUCCGAGAUGGUCGUGUCGGACGUGUGCGUCAAGGGCGAGAAGAAGCGGCACCACCACCAUCACCACAAGAGCAGCCACCGGGGUGGCGCCACCGGCAACAACGAGAAUGACCCCCGGGGAGACCACCACCGACGGGAGGGACGCGGCGACCAUCACGAGCGGAGCCGCAGUGGACGUCGGGACAGCGGAAGUGACUUCCGAGAGCCGAACAUCAUGGGCAGCGGCGGAAAUGGUGGACGCCGUGGCGGGGACCACCGUCACUAUUGACCCCGUCGAAUGGUAAUCACUAUCAAAAUCGAAGGACAAAAGGACGGUUCCGGUCCGCCGCGGGUUCUGCUGAGCCCGCUGUGGGAGUGAACGGAGCUUUUUGAGAAGAAGAAAAAAAAACACAAUCUUACUUCCUAUCCCAACCUAAACCAAGCAAAAUCCUAACAUUCCAUACCCUUUUGAGCUAUCACCUUUUCCUCCUUCCUUCUUGUACGUAUUUAUUUAUUAUUCUUAAACUUCACUAGCCUGUAAGAGACCCUUCCUUCUGCCUCACUUGCAGCGAAACAAAAAAAAAAAGAAAAAAAACUAAUUUAACCCCAGAGAGCGAAACCACACUAGAUUUAGGGAUAUUUUUGAUAGUCAAGACACGAACCUUCUCAUCUCACCCCCACCCUUCUUUCAUAACAAGACAUUCAUUGACGCAAACCCUUUUCGACCAGCUUUUGACAGAUCGCAUUGUAAGCACUGAAAGAAAAUUUCGUCUUACAUUUUGAUUGUGAUUCACCAUUGUGAUCGACUUUCUUUCAGACAUCAACCUACCGAACCCCAAUCUAUCUUAACCUUCAAUUUUCAUUUGAGAUCGAUCUUGACCGCGCCUAACCUAAAAACAAAAAAAAACCAUGUGACGUUUAGACACGGUCGACAUUGAGCUUAAUCACACCAACUUUGCGUUUCAAAGCAACCAUUUCAACCCUCAUGCCCUCACCCUAACUGUAUAUUCGUUAUAAGUCGUUAAUUUAUUACCACAAUCGUUUGUUCAUUUUCCCCCAAUCUUCCCCACCCACUCGGUUUCCUUAUUAAAGUUAUAUUUUGUUCUUGUUAUCGUAUGAUUUUGUUAGACAAAAGCAAACAAAGUGUUACGUUUCACUUCUCUCAAAGAGUGUGUGUAAAAAAACGAAAAGUUUAAAUAGAAAAGGUAAACAAAGAUUAGAAGACAAGAGACGAUGGUAACAAAAAGGAUAGAAAAACAAGAAAUGAAACCGUAGUUGCAAUAUAAUGUACUAGUGAACGUCAAAGUUAGGAGAAAAAAAACGAAAUCAAUUUUUUAAGCUAGUUACGCUGUGUUUUGAUAAAGGACAUUCACGCACACAAUCCCAAAACUGACAGAUUAAGGUAGGAAUAGUGCCAUUACAAAGGCAACCGCAACCUUCUCCCUCUUUCCAAGUCACAGUUACAAACACACAAACUUAAGCUCAGACAACAAACACAAAAUGCACGCACACACCAAAAAUAACGCAAAUUUUCCCAGCUCAAACCAGAACACAAACCAAGCAAUUGUUUAUAGAGAAUGUGUUUCCUUAUUGUGUUAGAAAAUAUGGUAUAAUUAGUAGAGACAGUUUUGCAUUUCAACCAGACAUAAACUGUUAAUCAAUGUUGGUUUGUGUUUGCGAUAACAAAUCAAACACAAACAACAAGCGCGCUCAAGUACGUUGUGAAUUUUUUGCAAGUAAAUUUAUACGACAUGUUAUAAUCGUUAUGCAACUAACACAAGAAUAUUUUUUUCGCUGUUAGUGGUAAUUAGGUAAACAAAACAAAAAAUACGACAGCUACACAAGAGUUACUAAACAAACCCGUUUGCUUCGAGUAUUUGACGAGGCGAAGUUUGAAAAAAUGGUACUUAUAUGGAGAUAACAAAUAAUUAAGCUGUUUGCCCCUCCCCCCCAUAGAAUGGGUGCAAGGAACUUUCUUCUCCUUCUCCGCGAGACAAGCGCGAGAGUGAGAGGGGAAAUCGUUGAAAAUGUUGUAAAUAGUAAUCGUAUUUAAUAAAAGUAAUGAUAAUAAAGAAGAA